GCAAAACUUUGCGCACAGGUUUCUUUUAGAAGCAGCGAAGGACCAGAGAGGCGAGGCAUAAAGACGCUAAACUUUUUUCCAUCCAAGGGAAAGUCUGAGUUGAAGAGACAUAUUUAGACUUUUUUGUAGUUUUUGAGCAAAAUGCAAACAACAUUAUAUAUAUAUAUUUUUAUAAUGUCUGUGGUCAUCGCACUGAGUCAGAAAGACUGCACCUUUGUAACCUGCCCUGCCCUCCAGAACUGCAUCGAAUCGGUUUUAGAGAGUGGUGCCUGUUGUCCCAAAUGUGCACAAAGGGGUUGCACCUGUGAGGGGUACCAGUACUACGACUGCAAGCAAAACGGCUUCAAGGAUGGGAAAGUACCAGAGGGAGAAUACUACUUUGUGGAUUUUGGAAGCACUGAAUGCUCCUGUCCCCAGGGAGGAGGAAACAUAACCUGCCUUUUUAUUCCUUGCCCUGAAAUUCCCCCCAACUGCAUUGAUGUUUCACAACCUCAAGAUGGGUGUCCGCAAUGUGGGCGUGUUGGCUGUGCCCAUGGCACCAAGAAGUAUGAGGCAGGACACUCCUUUCAGUUAGACCAGUGCCAAGUUUGCCACUGUCCAAAAGAAGGGGGCAGAUUAAUGUGCUCCCCGAUCCCUAGCUGUGACCUCAGUGUUGUUAAUAAGCCCAUGUGGGCAACAACCACUGAAAAUAACAGCCCCAUGAAAGACAUUAGCAGGGGUCAUUACUCUCGACCCACAAGCCAUGUAGAACCAUAUUCCAAGCUUGUAAUGGCAAACUCUCUCCCACUUUAUAAGAAGGACCCACCCAGUUUUGGCUCAGAAGAUUAUGACUACAUCCUGGCAGAACCGACAUCUUCCACUAUUCAAAAUCUGGCCCAGUCACAGGACACUGCCACAGUUCCUUCAGCAUACCCAGAGUCAAGUUCUGUAACCUUCACGUCUCAUGAUGACAGAGGAAAUGAGCUGUCGAAAACUGAAAAACCUCAAAGCACAGACCGGAAGAUUGAGAAUGACCUGAAACAACUCUUGGAUUCAACUAUGUCAGGAGCUCAAAGCAAUUCCUCACCAUCAAACACAAGUACAGCCACACAUGUAGUUUAUAAGAGGUCAAAGCAGGAAAUUAAAGACAGGCCUCUAAGAAACAAUAUGCAGAGAAAUAUGGGAGGUAGACGCCUUGGUCAUCAGAAACACAAUCUGCACGGCCACACCAGACAUCAUGAUGAAACCUAUUCUGUCAACCACACUGAACAAGAAAAGACAUCAGUGGAGCACAAGCCCUGGCUUGGCAAACAAGAACAAGGUGUCUACCCCACAGUCCAGUUCAGUCCCACCAGCAGAGCUCCAGUCAGGAUGAGAGAAGAGCCUCAAAGACAACCUCACACCUUUAACAACUAUGCCUUACAAGAUGUGGAGGAAGACACUGAAGAGUCUGUCAAAGAGCUGGUGAAGCACUGCUGUGAGACUGGUGGGAAAUGGGCUUCAGCUAAUGGCCACUGCAGCAACAUGGAGCCACCCACAGAAGAUAGGCCAACCAUUUGCUGGACUGCCCAACAACAGUGUUGCCUCGGCUCUCUGAAAGAACGCCAGUGCUUGGCGGGAAUUAAGGCAGCCAGAGCAGGAAGUUUCUGCGGAGAGGAUGCCAGCAGUAAAUGUGGGACAGAUUCCUACAAGGAGUGCUGCAGUUGCUGCUCUCUUGGGCUGCAGUUCCACAGAGCCAGCCAUCGGUGUGAACCCCACCAGUACCUGGGUUUCCACUGCCAGCACGUCUUUCUAAACUGCUGCGAGUUGGCUGAGGGGAGGCAAACUGUGAGAGAAAGGCCUGCUCUGGUCCCAACUCUGCCCCCAGUAAAAGUAUCAGACAGCCCAUAUCCCAAAGAGGCCUUCUCCAUCGGUGAAGAGCAGGAUGGUGAGAAUGCCGUCGAGGGACCUGUUGAGGACAUGGAUGAGUGCCUGAUAUAUGAGGGCAACAUCUGCCACCACAUAUGCAUCAACACGCCCGGGUCUUUCCGCUGCGAGUGCUUCCCUGGCUAUGUGCUGCACGAGGAUGCUUUCACUUGCAAGCAAGAGAUGACGGAUGAGGAGAACAGACUGAAGGAGUUUGAUCGAGCAGCAGUAGAAACCGCCUCCCCUCUUCCAUCUCCCACCCAGCCUUCUGUCCCACUCAACCCCUGUGAAGGAAGCAGCAUCUGUGAGCAACAGUGCACCCCAGUGGGGGGAAGGCCACAGUGCUCCUGUUUCGUAGGGUUCUCACUCAAAGCAGAUGGACAAUCAUGUGAUGACGUGGAUGAGUGUUUGUCUUCACAUGGCUGCCAUUUUAACGAGCACUGCGUGAACACAAGGGGGAGUUACAUCUGUCAGAGACUGAUCACCUGCCCACCUGGAUAUCAGAUCAGCAACGGCGUUUGCAAAGAUAUUGAUGAGUGCAUGAUGGGAACCCACAACUGUGGAUCUGGGCUCGUGUGCAUGAAUACAGAGGGUUCAUUCAGCUGCAACUCCAAACCUAUAUGUCCUGCAGGCUUUAAGCAGGACACACAGGGCAACUGCAUUGAUAUUGACGAGUGUACUAGUUUGACCCUGCCGUGCAGUUCAGGAUUCACCUGCAUCAACACGGCGGGGUCAUACAUGUGCAACAGGAAGAUAAUAUGUAGCCGUGGCUAUCAUGCCAGCCCUGAUGGAUCCAGAUGUGUAGAUGUGAAUGAAUGCGAGAGUGGCCUGGAUCGAUGUGGAGAUGGACAGCUGUGCCACAAUAUGCCUGGCUCUUAUCGUUGUGAGUGCCUGACUGGGUACCAGUAUGAUUCAUUCAGGAGGAUGUGUGUAGAUGUAAACGAGUGUUGGCGCUACUCUGGCCGUCUGUGUGCCCAGACCUGUGAGAACACCCGGGGCUCCUAUGAAUGCUCGUGCACCUCUGGUUUCCGCUUAUCUGCUGAUGGCAAGAACUGUGAAGACAUGAAUGAGUGUCUGACUAGCCCGUGCAGUCAGGAGUGUGCCAACAUCUACAGUUCCUACCAGUGCUACUGCAGAAAGGGUUACUACCUCAGGGAGGAUGGGCACACCUGUGAAGACAUUGAUGAAUGCUCUCAGAGCAUUGGCCAUCUGUGUACCUACAACUGUGUGAAUACUCCAGGCAGUUACCAUUGUGCUUGUCCUGAAUAUGGAUACACCAUGUCUCCAAAUGGACGAUCUUGCAGAGAUAUUGAUGAGUGCACCACGGGGACCCAUAACUGCUCUUUGGCUGAGAAGUGCUACAACAUCCGAGGAGGGUAUCGCUGUCUUUCUCUGAGCUGUCCUCCAAACUACCGCAAAGUGACAGAUACGCGCUGUGAGCGGAUCAGCUGUUCCACCUACAUGGAGUGUCAGAACUCUCCUCUGAGAAUCACCUACUACUACCUCAGCUUCCAGUCCAACAUCGUCAUCCCCGCUCAGAUCUUCCGCAUCGGUCCCGCUCCUGCCUACUCUGGAGAUAACGUGAUUGUGACAAUCACGCAGGGGAAUGAGGAGAACUACUUCAGCACCAGGAAAUUGAAUGCCUACACAGGUGCUGUGUUCUUACAGCGUCAGGUGCAGGACCCAAGGGAUUUUUUGAUCAAUGUGGAGAUGAAACUCUGGAGGCAGGGGAAAUUUACCACCUUCCAAUCUAGGAUCUAUGUCUUUAUCACGGCAAAUCUACUCUAAUGGCUGCUUGUGCUGAGGCCAAUAUGCAACUUAAUACAGUUCAUUGUCACUUUUCUAAUCAAUAUUUAACAAUGCCAGUCUAUGUUUGAUUUGUUUAGACAGUUUGAACAUGUUAUUGCAAGAAAAGCUGAAUUUCUUAAAAUAUUGCAUCCUAUCAUCUUUUUCAAUAAGAUUCCAGUUAAUCAUUCAAUUGAGAUUUUUUUAUAAUAUUUUAUCAGAUUAUAUAUCAUUUAUUUUCAGGAAAUCUUUUCUUGAAUUUGAAAGUGUUGUUUUGCAUAAAUCAGUUCCUCUAAAAGCAGAAUCUACAUCACCAACUAUCCUACAUAUUGUAUUUUUAUGCCCAAAUUAUUUAGGUUCAGUUUAACAUAAUGUCUUACUUUGUAACGUGCACUGCUGCCUGCGUGUUGAGUUUUACAAACUAAUUUAAUGUUACCACAUUUGUACGGAGAAUUGUUUUCCCCUGUAAUUAAAUAUAUUACACUUAGAUGUAUCAUAUUUUUAUGCUUAAAUCUGAUAUUAGGAAAGUAUUUCAGUAAAAUACUGAAAAAGAAUCACUGAGAGUUGGAAUGUACUGUCAAAUUUAAUUUUUUUAAUGUUAUAUAUAUAUACUAUAUUUUAUAUAAAUAAAACUGUUUUGUUUUUUUCAACAGAUUGCCUCCAGAAAUUGUCAAAUAUGCCACAUAUUAUAUACUUAAAUCAUAUCUGUUCCUGUAUUAAUGUUAUGCAAAAAAUCUCCAUGCUUUUUCCGUAUAUGUUCACACCUUGCUGGAAAACUUAAUGGAUAAUAAAAUAUGGUUUAUAAAAGACAA